AUGUCGAAUUUUGACAGUUCUAUACCGCGUCAAGAAUUUAACUUAAAAUAUACUAGUGAAGAUGACUUAACGGACAGUGACGAAGAAGUAUUUGAUUUUGAUAGUAAUUUUGAAGAAUUUACCAUUAGGUUUAGUAAUGCAUUAAGCGAAAUGAUAGCUCAUGAAGAAGAAAAUGAUAUUGAAAUAGAAGUAUAUAAGGGUGAAUAUGAUAGUGAUAUUGAAGAAGAAUUAGGACAAGUUAAUGUUGAACAGAAUUUUGAUAAUAAUCAAGAAGAGAGAGACGAAAUAAUACCAAAUGAUGAACCUAUUAACCAAAAAUACAAUGCACUUUCAUCUUGUGUAAUUAUUGACAAUAUUCAUGAUCAAGAUACAGUUCAGGAAGUCAAUAACGAUCAUUUAAAAUUAGGGGUAUGUGAUUCACAUUUUUUGUAUGAUCAAAACCAAAUUCACGAUCCUAAAGAAAAAGUACUUAAAGAAUUUACAGAUGCAAUAGUUCAACAUCGAAGAUGUAUAGGAUGUAAAAGAAUUUACAAUUUUUUUAGUCGAGGGGAAGGAUGUAGAACCCAUUCUUGGUUGAUUAAUGAACGAAAUAUUCAAGUACCUUGUAAUGGGGCAAUACAUUGUAAUGCAUUAAGGAAUUCUUUUAUAUCAAAGCCUGCUUUUAACGAAACAAAGAAACCAAGAUUUGUUUGUUGUGCUUGUUACGAACGAUUGGGUGGACAUAUUCAUAAACGUACUGGUCGAGGUAAAAGAUCAAACUGUGUUCAAGAUAAAUUGCAUGAAGAAGAUAUUACAAAAGGAAUUAAACUAAUUGCGAAUUGGCUUAAUAAAUUUUCCCAUACAGAUGAAGAAACAAAAAAAGAAGAUAUUUUAAGAUCUCUUGUUAAAGUUAUUCUUCCUUUUAUUCCCACAUCAACUAAAACUACAUCAUUAACUUUAAACAAUUUCAAAUCGGAUGAAACCCCUAGCCUUUUCAUUCUUCAAAUUCUCUUUCUUGAUAUACCCAUCAGCAAUAGUAAAGAAUGUGAUAAUAUAGACUGUGAAAAGUUUGGACGAGAAUUUGGAAUUAAACUUUGGAAAUCAUGUGAAGUGAUAAAUAAAAAAAAAGAUUCAUUAAACUCACCUGAAUCACUUUUAGAAUAUUUUCACGCAUUCCCAGAUUUUAUUACGGCGUUUUUUCAGGGAUUGUUGAUAGAAAUCUUUAAUCGAAAACUUGCUAUUAGUAAUAGAAAAAAAAAACAACGUGAACAAAAAAAUAAAACUUUACCUGAAAAUAUAAUUAUAAAAAUGGUUACUUUUUUCACUUCUGUUCUUGUUAGUAUAGCCUUUCCUUCAUGUGGAAUUUGGUUAACUAAUGUGCUGAGUAGUUUAGCACGCAAACCAAAAUUAUUAUCAUCACUCCAUCGUCUUUUUACUAUAUGGAACGUAAUUGGACAUAGUGAACGUCAUGAACGAAAUCUAGAGAAAGACGUAUUAAUAAAGUUAUUCCUACAGAAAGACAAUAUAGAUUUCAAGCAAAAAACCUUUUCUUUUGGGAAUAUAUAUGACACCACUCGAGACACUUCACAUGCGACCUUAAGAAUGGUAUUUCAGUCAACGAUUCCCAAUAAUCUUGCAUCACGUCAGGAAGAAAUAAUUACUUUAGAUGAAAAUUAUGCCACUAAUAUAUUUGGUAUGAAUUCUACUACGAAAGAAGCUCUGAAUAGAUUUCAAAAUAUAUUAGAAAGAUUGUUAGAUAUUUAA